AACACAGACACAAACAACAACACCAACAGUACAGAGCAACAGCCAACGAUACCAAUUAACUUCUCGUGGCAUAUCAGAGAGAGAAAAUUAAGAAACAAAAUCCUUCCAAAUAGCACCUAAAAAGUCUCUCUCAAUAUAUUUAAUAUAAAAUUAUGUCUAUAUAAUUGUAUAUGAAUUAUUGUAUUUAGGGUUUCCAAAUUUUACUGGUGAAGGAAGGUUUGUUGUUUAAAUAAUAUCCUAGUUUAAUCGGUCGUUGAGCUCUCACUUUCCGUCUCUCGAUUCAGUGUCUUCGUCGUCGUUGUUGGGUUGUUAGUUCAUAUUGUUGACUACACUUUGAAGCAACCCCUUCCUUCUCUCUCUCUCUCUCUCUCUAAUCUUGUCUGUCUAAAACUCCUUCUCUCAUGGGUCUUUUGUUUUCUUCUUGGUUAAUUCGAGAUCAGCAGACUCGAUUCCCGCAGAAAUUUCAAAGUUGAAUUGUGGAAUGGACUGUUCUGAUUGAUUCUGACGUGCUCAUGUCAAAAAGUUCAGAUUUUUUGUGGUUGGAGGGGAAGAGAUUAGGGCUUAUGUAUCGGAUUGUUUUCAGUUUGUGGUUUGGAGUUAUGCUUUCCCGGCCUGUAUCUGGGCUGAGGCCUCUGAGGGAGAGAGCUCGUUCGUGGGGUGAUGAGUGGCUGUUCAUCAAGAAAGAUGAGAAUGAGUUGGGUCCUUUUUCUGCUUGGAACAUAACAGGGACCUAUAGAGGAUCUUGGAGGUUCCUUGAUUCUACAAAUAGCUCUUCCAGGUUUCCAGAUUUUAAGAAAUCCAAUGGCAAUUCAGUCCUUGAAUUAGUUAGUACGCCAACAAAAAUAACUGGUGUACAUUAUGUUCAGGGGGUAAUUAUUUUCCAGGAUGUGUUUGACAAUGAACAUGGAGUUGGUGGUGCUCAAAUCAAGGUGGAAGGUGUAUAUAUCUGGCCUUUCAGGCAACUUCGAAUGGUGGCCAACAGUGGAAAAGAGGGAGAGUUCAGCCAGGAAGAAGAAUACAUAUUAUCCAAUCCAUAUCACUUGCUUGGAGUCUUCUCAUCCCAGGUUUUCCAGGAAUCUCCUCGAGAGAAGAUUUGGAAGAGGAAACACUCACCUAUUUAUGAAAUGGAGAAACAUUGUAAUAUUGAAAUUGCAGCACAAAUUUCACACGUCUCAUCCGCUCAAAAUGAUGGAGAUCGUGAUCGUUAUCAUAUAGAAGGAUUAAUGGAAAGUCCUUCAGUGGAUGAGGAUGGAGAUUGCUUUUCACCCAUGCUAGUCAAUGCUACUUCUGUCAACAUUGAGGUUUACUACAACAAGGCAGUUAACUACACCUUGAUGGUCACUUUUGUUUCUUUCCUUCAAGUUCUUCUAUUAAUUCGGCAAAUGGAACACAGCAACACUCAGUCUGGGGCCGCCAAAGUUUCAAUUUUAAUGAUUGGGCAACAGGCUAUCAUGGAUGCUUAUCUUUGCCUUUUACAUCUGACUGCAGGGAUACUAGUUGAAUCCCUAUUUAAUGCUUUUGCAACUGCUGCCUUUUUCAAGUUCGUAGUCUUCUCAAUAUUUGAGAUGAGAUAUCUUCUCGCCAUAUGGAAGGCCAGUAGACCUAUGAAUAAUGGGGAGGGCUGGGAAGCAAUGAGGCGUGAGCUGUCAGUUCUUUACAGCCGUUUCUAUGGGAUCCUUUUAGGUGGUAUUUUGGUCAUGUAUGAGUUCCAUAAAUUUCUGCGGCCUAUUCUUCUCCUUAUGCACUCCUUUUGGAUACCUCAAAUAAUUACUAAUGUUGUUCGUGACUCAAGAAAACCAUUGCAUCCUCAUUAUAUCUUAGGCGUGACCAUCACUCGGCUUGCGAUUCCUUUGUAUGUCUUUGGCUGCCCUCAAAACUUCAUGCGUAUUGAGCCUGACAAGAAUUGGUGUAUCUGUUUGGGUGUAUUCAUGGGAUUCCAAGCAUCGAUUCUUCUUCUACAGCACUAUCUUGGAUCUCGGUGUUUCAUUCCCCGUCAGAUUCUGCCUGAUAAAUAUAGCUAUUACAGACGGUUUGAUCAGGAUACGAACCAUGCCACUGACUGUGUCAUAUGCAUGACUGCCAUCGAUCUCACUCAACGAUCUAAUGAUUGCAUGGUGACUCCAUGUGAUCAUUUCUUUCAUUCUGGUUGCUUACAAAGAUGGAUGGAUAUAAAGAUGGAAUGCCCAACUUGUCGGCGUCCACUUCCACCGGCCUAAGGAGAUCAUGUAACUUGGUCUUCAAACUACUAUGGAUCAACUGACAUUGCCCAGCCCAUUAAUUGUGGUAGGGAAAGAACCAAGAUUAUUCCGUAUCACAUCUAGAAUGAGAUUUAACAGAAGCAGUUCAUACCAGUUACAGAAACAGUUUGCAGCAGGCACAACUCACAUAUUGUUUGUAUAAAUGUAUAUUUCCCUUGUGUAAUGUUUUGAUGAGAAGUAAUAUUUUCUCCUUUAUUUUAUUUUGUUUCCAACUGCAUUUAUUUGUCCUUCCAAAAGUGGGUUAAUUCAGAUAAAUGCAUGUCAUGGUGGGAAACCAAAAACAGUGAUUUUGAAGCUGCAACUCAAUGUAGAUUCAUGAUUUUCUCGCAUCAUUACAUGGACCUAUGUCCCUGUGUAUAAAUUUGUCAAAUUUUAGAAUAAAGAAAGUGCAAUACAAUGCGCGCAUUAAUGCUUUCUCCA